UCUGAGGAACGUAGCGGCGCAGCAAGGUAGCAAUGCUGCUGAUCAGUUAGCUUCAUUGUCUCUUAAUGAUAACCUGGUAUCUUAAGAUACAACAACCGCAUCCAUUGGAUUGCAGCAUCUGGUGGAAAAAUUCCUUCUUGUACUUUAGAGGUACUUUUUCAAAACAGCAACUUGAAAAAUUCCUAAAUUCCUUCAUUAUUUUUCUGAGAUUAUUCAGCUUCUUUCUUUGACGUCAUCUGUUUCUUCUGAGGACUUGCAUACUAGGUUCAUUCAGGUAUGUUAAUUAAUUCUUCUUUUGCUAAAGAUUAUGUAUAUUAAUUUUGUUGAUUUAUUCUUGUUAUUUGAGGUCAUGAUGCAUGAGAUUGGAAUUUAGGAAAAAGCAUCACAAUUCUGUUGUAGUAGUAAGUAGAUGAUCAAGUAUUUGAUUUGUAUUUUUUUCUAAUUUUUAGUGAGUUUUUAGCUAGAGGUUAGUAGAUGACCUAGAAAAGUAUACCCUUAUUAGAUUUUGAGAUUUUCUAAACUAUGGUAUUGGAACUGUUAAUGGGGUAAUUUCGAAAGUUGCCUUUAUAUGUCCGAGGCGUGUAAGUAGGAUAGUGGAACUUUUUGGGCAUAAGAACUUUCCUGUGAUUAUAUGUGGAGCUUCUGCUAAACUUUUGUGAAGGCUGAAGUUUAAUGAUGAGGUUAAUGCCAUAGCCUAGUUGUGCCCAAGGAUGAGAGUGCAAGCGUAAUUUUCUGUUGAGCAUAAAAAAAAUCAGAAUGUGCCUGAUUGCUGUGUUCCUCCUAAACAAUUAUUUUAGUUUUUAUAGUAGCAUCAUCUAUAUGGUCUCUCUGCUUCGCAUAUUUUUGUUUAUAUGUUUGCUUUUCCUUGUGCUGUCUGGUGCUAGACGAAUGAAUGCCUUUACCUUAGAAAGUGUUGAUCAUGAGGGUUAAUGUAGAACUUAUCUAUGAUGUUGUAGUACUUCUUCUUCAUUAGAUGUUGGAGGGUGAUUUUUCAGGUAUUACUAGCCAUGAGAGGUUUUUACAGCCUCACAAGAAGCUAAGAUAGAAUAGUCUUGUGAAGAAGAGUGCACCAUAGCUUUGAGUUAAUUGUUUGUGUGUUUACAUCAAAUUAAAAUAGAUGAUAAGAGCCCAUUUUAUGUACUGUUUUUGCUGUUUUUGGAGGUCCUGAAACAACAGAAUGGAUAGACUCCGUUACGAAGUGUUUAGCUCUGACUUUUAUGUGAUUUUGUUUUUGCUGAUAAUUACAUACUUUAAGCUGUUUCUGGUGUCCUCCCGUAAGGUUCUAUAUUCCACCCUUUCCCCGUACCUAGCACCACAACUCUUACCCAUCUAUCUAUUUUCCGCUCUGUAGUUUGGACCAUAUCUCAAUCAAUAUUCAAUAGUGAUAGGCCACAGGCUUAGAGCAUUAGAGCGAUGCAGGCCUAGUGAUAGACCAUGCAACUCUCUCUUACUCUACACUCAAAGAGCAAGAAGAGUAAGAAUUAUAGCAUGAGAAGCGUAAGCUUUACUCCCAUAGGCUUCCAAAGGAACCUUGUAUUAGCAUCAUAUUGAUGACGUGUGAAACCAUUGCGUGUUCUAUUCCUUAGAUUCCCAAUUGAUCCAAAGGAAAUAACCAAGCAAAUAUGCAAGAUAAUUCUAAAUUCAUCAUGAACUCACUAUUUUAUGUAUUCUUGAGUGGGUAUUAUGCACGAGAAUUCAUGUGAAUCAAAAAGCAUAAACUCCUAAAGUAAAUUGGAUACUUAAUCUUGUUUUUUUAUUUUUAUUUUGGUUAUUGGUGCUUCCUAGAAUCAAUAAAUCAAGGUAUAUGGGGUUUAACCAAUUCAUUAAGAUAAUAAUCAAAUAGCUUUAGACUCAAAAUAUAUUCGCUAAGAAAUGCGAGUGAGUCACAUCAAAUCUCUUAGAUUUCUAGAUGGAUUAAUCUGAAAAUUAUAAAACAGGGAGAUCAAAGAUUAUUGUAGGACACUGUUUGAAUUCAUUUUUGGACGACAUAGGGUAUGAUUUUUUUUAUUGAUCGGGUUGUAUCUUGGUGCAACUUGCUUUCAGGAUUGUCUAUGUUGCUGCAGGUGUUUUUGCUGCAGGGUGGAUUGAGGUCACCUGUUGGAUUCUUAGUGGCAAAUGACAGACUGCUGUAAUUAGGUCCAAGUAUGUGCAAGUCUUGCUGAAUCAGGAUAUGAGUUUUUUCGACACAUAUGGGAAUAAUGGAGACAUAGUUAGUCAAGUCUUGAGUGAUGUGCUGCUUAUUCAAUCAGCAUUGAGUAAAAAGGUUGGGAAUUAUAUCCACAAUAUGGCGACAUUUUUCAGAGGUCUUGUUGUUGGAUUUAUCAAUUGUUGGCAGAUUGCUCUCAUAACUUUAGCAACUGGGCCAUUCAUUGUUGCUGCGGCAGGAAUUUCAAAUAUAUUUCUUCACAGGCUCGCAGAGAAUAUCCAGGAUGCAUAUGCAGAAGCAGCAAGCAUCGCUGAGCAGGUUGGAACUGCCGUUGUUACAAGGAGUGAUGGGAGGAUGGCACUUGGAAGACUAGGUGCACUUUGUGAGCAGCUUAAGGAGUUGAACCUUGAUGGGUAUGAAGUAAUUUUGGUCCCGUCUGGUGCUGGUCGUCAGAGGCUUAGUUUUGCUGAUAUGCAAAAGCCGCAAGCUGAACUUGAUGGGAAAGCAUGUGCUGCUGUUGGACAGAACAAUCUCAUGGCUCUCUAUGACACAUUGUUUAGUUAGGUCCUAAUCUAAGUAGCCAAGUAUCUGCUCAUGGUUGUGGAAAAGCAGUCUUUGAAUGGCGGGGGCUUUUUGACAUACGUAGUUUGUUUACACAUAGUGAAUGUUUUUGCAGUUGGAUCCAAAUUUUUGCAAUGUUACUUUGGUUUAGAGAUUGUUCCCAUGUUGUGAAUUUGCAGCAAACUUUCUUUGAGUAGUAAAUGAAAUAUUUGACUAAGUUGA